AUGCUGUCAGAUAACAUUAAACAAAAGAGCGAAAAGAAACUCAUUGCUGACUUCGACGCUGUUUCAUUAUAUCCAUCAGCUAUAGCAAGACUUUAUACUUUAGAAGGUAUUCCAAAGGUUAUGAAGAAAGAAAUGUUAAGCACAGAGUAUCUCAUGAGACAUUUAUUCGAUGACGACCAAAAGGAACCCAUUGGUGAAAAGUUUAUGUCUGGCUUCUUUGUUCUCAUUAAGAUAACAGAGAUUGGAAUACAUAGACACUUUCCUUUAAUAGUUUGUGACCCUGAACUAAAUCCAGAAACUUAA